AUGGGCGACAAAAUGGAUAUGUCUUUGGACGACAUUAUCAAGCUGAACCGGAGCCAGCGCGGAGGAGGAGGCGGCGCCGGGAGAGGCGGCGGGCGGGGACGGGGCCGAGGAGCGGCCGGGAGAGGCGGAGGCGCCGGGCGAGGGGGCGCUGGACGGGCGGGAGGAGGAGGAGGCCCCGUCCGGAACAGAGCCGCCCUCUCGCGGGGAGGAGGCAGGAACAGGCCUGCGCCAUACAGCCGGCCCAAACAACUUCCUGAAAAGUGGCAACAUGAUCUCUUUGAUAGUGGCUUUGGUCCUGGUGCUGGUGUAGAGACAGGCGGAAAGCUCCUUGUCUCUAAUCUAGAUUUUGGUGUGUCAGAUGCAGAUAUACAGGAACUUUUUGCAGAGUUUGGGACGUUGAAGAAGGCAGCAGUGCACUAUGACCGAUCUGGCCGUAGUCUAGGUACUGCAGAUGUUCAUUUUGAGAGGAAAGCUGAUGCUUUGAAGGCUAUGAAACAAUACAAUGGAGUUCCACUGGAUGGACGUCCCAUGAACAUCCAGCUGGUUACAUCACAAAUAGAUACACAGAGGAGACCAAUACAGAGUGUAAAUAGAGGCGGCAUGACCAGAAACCGUGGUGGUUCAGGUGGUUUUGGUGGUGGCAGACGAGGUAGUCGGGGCAACAGAGGCAGAGGUAGAGGUGCAGGCAGGAGUUCCAAACAGCAGCUCUCUGCAGAAGAAUUGGAUGCACAGUUGGAUGCUUACAAUGCCAGGAUGGAUACCAGUUAAAGUCGUUGGUGCAUUGUGUGCAUGGGAAGGACUGCAGACAUCUCAUUCCAUGCUCCCCAGCAGGAGGGGGAAAGGUGUAUGGCGGCGGCUACUAAUAUCAAGAAUGGAAUUUGUUUUACUUUUAUGUUUUGGAAUAGGUUUUAAACUCAUGUAAAGGUUUCUUUCUUCUUCUUUUUUUUUUUUUUAAAUUCUGGAACAGACCUGUUUUGUACUGAGUUAUUUUUGGGAAAAAUUUUACUGGUUGCCAGUUGGGCCAAGGUGACUUUUUCACCAUGGCAAUAAUAAAAUAGAAAUGUGUCUAGAGCUGUAAAUGUCUGCUUCCUGUUGCAGCUGGAGCCUAGCUUUGGGACUGCAGAAGCCAAGAUGGGUAGGGGAGCAGCUGUGUGCCUACAGGCCCCUAGCAAAAGAGUUGGUGCUGAUUGCCCUUCCCAUGGGCAGGGAUUCUGUUCUCUCAGGUCUCCUUCCUCCAGUUGGGUCUUGUAAACUGUAUAUCUCCCAUCUCCUGUGUGUUGAUUCUCCUCCCUUUGUCUAUGCUAAAGCCAAACAGUAUGACUAUGUUUGCUGGGAGGUGGUGUGGUGGUGGUGGUCUCCAGUGAAAUGGCUCCACCCUUGGUAGUAAAGCAGAGGGGGAAAAAUCUUGUUAAAGUCGUUUUUUGUAUUUAACACUUGAUUCCAAAGUUCAGUGCUGGUCCCACCUCAGUAUUUUUACUGUAAAAUAGUUGCUGUGAAAAUUCAGUGACUCCAACAUGCCAAGUAAAGAUUUAGUCUUUCAACUUGCAA